AUGUGUAAUGUGAAAUGGUGUUAUCAUCGUUUGGGUUUAUCCGCUUCUGGAUCCUUCCCAGCGUCCUUAUCCAAUAUCUUCCCAUUCCAGCUUCAUCCUCUUAUGUGGUUUCGUCGGCUUGACUGCGACAAGCAAAGCGUUCGUCGGCUUGGCUGCGACAAGCAAAGCGGCUCAGCAGCCCCGGCCAGAACCAUUAGACCCGGACUUACAACGAAUUAUCGAAGGUGUUUUGAUGUCGAUUUCGUCAUAAGGUGGUCUGAUGCCGACGGUUUUAAAAUCGAUUUCAUUCUAAGGUGUCUUCAUUUAUCCGCCGGAACGAACAGAUAUACAAAGGGGGUUUAUUCAGAAGUGCUACUGAACACAAAGAGCAAAUUCGGUAUUUCAGUCAACAAGAUCUUAGGGAGCUUUUCAGUAUCCCAAAACAGGGUUUUGAUGUUUCUUUAA